AUGAACACAAUUAGAUCAACCUGGAUUGGCUGGGGCUCCCUUUGUAUCGCCGGCGGCGGAGCCUACUACUUCGCCAAACAAUCCAUCAAUGCCGACCGACAAGCCCGCUUCGAAGCCGAAGCCACUCGCAAGGCCCAGCUGAAAGCCAUGGAAGCCGAGCACAAACGACAAGCCUCCCUGCCCGCCCCCGCAAACCCAGCCGACGACCCUAGUCUGAAGCGCGCCAACAUGACCCGGUUCCAGAACGCGACCGACGACGUUGCUUCGCCUAGCGCCGAAGCUUCGCAUGACCCGGCGCCGACGCGACACGAGCCGAUGACCGAGAAUGAGCGGGUCGUGGAGAAGGGGAAAUAUGAGGCAGCGGAGCCGUUCCGGCCGCCGCGGGGGAACCGAUUCAGUUAA